ACGGCAGCAUUGACUUAGUACGCUUCCUUCAUUGGUGCAUUUCAAAGGGCGGGUUUUGAAGUAGAACCUGCACAGAAAGAUAGGAGAGAGAUGUCGCUGUUGUAACGUCACAGCCACUCCGUUUAUGAGCCGUCGUCAUGAAGCAGCAGCCAAUGAAAGGGCAGGAGAGCGGGUCCAGGGGCGGGGCUGAGGUUGGGGUGGUAAAGCGGAAGGCUGAGAGAGAUGACCCUGCCUUCCCAUCUCCUCCCCCGUCUCCUCCCAGCCCUCUUCCUAUCUUCCUGUUUCCAUCUGAACUAGUGUUCUACUCUGAUCAGAGGAGUUCCCACAGGAGAGUCCUGACUCUCUACAACCCUUACACCUUCACCAUCAGAUUCAAGAUGUUGUGUACAGCCCCAUCUCUGUAUUCAGUGGUGGAGGCAGAGGGCAGUGUCAGAGCCAAGUCCUGUGUUGACCUAGUGGUGCGUCACCAAGAUGUGUCCCCCCGACACUGGGGAAGGAGAGAUCGUUUCCGCCUGGAGGUGUCGGGGGGAGGGCAGGGGGCGAAUCGGGAGGUGUGGGCUGAGCUCAGGGGAGGAGAGGCCACUGCCCAGAAUCGACCCACUAGCCCCCCGAGACUCCUCCCUCCCUCUCUCACUCCUCUACCUUACUUCACAUUGCCCCAGAAAGUUCGGAGACUGUCCCAGUUUGCAGUGUCGGUGGUGAUGGGUGUGGUGUGUGUUGCUUUCUUAAUGCUCCCCCUCCACUCUGAGCCCAACAACUUGGUUCCUAGCUAUGCCCAUGUGACUGUCACACAGAAAUUGGUGUGCGCCUACACACUGGGUCUGCUCACCAUGGUGUUUCUACGGUAACCAGAAGAGGAGAUGAUGUUUCCAUGGAGAUUCAGACCAAGAUCCCCCCCCCCCCCUGUUCAUUCCCCAGACCAAUCUGGUGUGUUCUAGGGACCAACAGGGCUGAUAUGUUCUAGGGACCAACAGGGCUGAUAUGUUCUAGGGACCAACAGGGCUGAUAUGUUCUAGGGGCCAACAGGGCUGAUAUGUUCU